CAGGCCUAUGCCAUGCACAAAUCCCCGCAUCUCGGCGUCUAAAAGAAGCAGUCACGUGAUAACUAACGUCAACAUUUCCUCAUAUCCGCCAUCUUCCUCCGCCGCAUGCUUUCUGGACUGACUCUGAUACAGGUAACAUCAUGAAUCAAGAAAAAUUAGCCAAACUUCAAGCUCAAGUCCGGAUAGGAGGCAAGGGCACAGCACGUAGGAAGAAGAAGGUUGUACACAGAACAGCAACUGCUGAUGACAAGAAACUGCAGAGUUCUCUCAAGAAACUGGCUGUCAACAACAUUGCUGGUAUCGAGGAGGUGAACAUGAUCAAAGACGACGGGACCGUGAUUCACUUCAACAACCCCAAAGUGCAGGCAUCUUUGUCGGCCAACACUUUUGCCAUCACGGGCCAUGCUGAAACCAAGCAGCUCACAGAGAUGCUCCCGGGCAUCCUCAGUCAGCUGGGAGCGGACAGCCUCACAAGCCUGCGCAAACUGGCCGAACAGUACCCGCGGCAAGGUCUUGACAACAAAGCACCAAAGGCAGAAGAUAUUGAGGAAGAAGACGAUGACGUACCAGAUCUCGUGGAGAACUUUGACGAAGCAUCGAAAAAUGAGGCCAACUGACUCCCUACCCCAACGUUUUGAAUGGGACUGCGCAUCAAGUCGUUGCUCGUCAUUCAGUGUUUUUAAUUUAGAUGAACGUGACGUCAUUUCAACACUAUCCAGCAAACCAGAGACUUUUGUAUUGUGAACCAGGAGUCCUGACCCACAUUAUCCUCUUUAAAAUGGUCUUAUGCACUUAAAAUAAAGACCAAGCUAUAGCCGAGGGGGGCGGGGGGGUUGUGCUAUUCCCAAAGAUCUGGAGUGUGUGGGGUUUAGUGCACCCCUCUUGUCAUUUGAUGGUAGAAAUAGUUUGGUGAAAGAGAAGGCCAUUGCUUAUUCAGGCCUUAAUUGCUUGGCGACUUGAAGGUUACCCAGAAAACCAGCGCGCGCUGCAGUUGUCCGGAAUAGGUUGCCCUUCCUUGGCCCAUUUAACGGUUCAGUACCUUUUACCACGUUGCCGGUCUUGAUUGCAGUGGUUAUGAAAUCUAGUCUUAAAAUAUUUUUUUUUUUUUGAUUUAUGAAACAAAAUAAAAACGAAUUAACCUUU